CAGGCUGGUCCAGCCACACAGACCUGCGUCUAGAAGAGCAGGAAAAACUUCAGCAGAGACUUGUCUUCUAAUAACGAGCUCUACACACUGUUCUCCAGACUCGGAUCAGGAGCGGAGUCCUUCUGGAAGCACGCGAACAUGGACGAUCUAGACGCCUUGCUUGCAGAUCUCGAGUCUUCCACCGCCCAUAUCUCCAAGUGCCCAGUGUUUCUUCCUGAGGAGACACCAUAUUCCUACCCCACCGGAGGGCACCUUUUUCAGGAUGACUCCCCUCCUCCGCCCCUGCCCCCUCCACCCACAUCUGAGGCCCUGAACGGAUCGCUGUCCCCGCGGCCGGACUCCCAGCACUCCUCGCAACAGUCUCUGGGCUCUGCUCAUAAAAGCACAUUGUCUCGGGACAGCAGCCCACCAGCCUCGCAUACAGAAGAAGACCACGUUUACAGUUUUCCUAACAAGCAGAAGCACUCCGACUCAUCGGCCGCAGCCAUGACUUCUGCCCUGGGCAGCAACCUGUCUGAACUGGACCGCCUUCUUCUGGAACUCAACGCUGUACAGCAAAAUGCCCCAUCUUACUCCACUACAGAAGAUGUUGCACCUCCAUUGCCCCCCUGCAGUGUUGCCCACUAUAUCCAGGAAAAUGGAGCCCACCCAGGCAUCACACUGACACCGGCAGCCCAGGACAAGCCUCAGAGGAAUGGAACGAAGGGGACAGAUGAUGGCCGUCCCACUGUGGAAAGUCUUCUGAAUGAUUUGGAGAGCUCUGUGCCUUCCACAACGCCAAGCCCCUGUGCUCUGACGAGGGAAUUGACAGAUGGGCUGGUGGACACACCUUCCGAGCAGCAAGGCAGAAUAUCAGCCACCUCCGCUACACGAGAACUGGAUGAGCUCAUGGCCUGCCUGUCAGAUUUUAAGGUGCAGAGCAAUAUUAUGGCCCAGGGGAAGGGUCCACAACCACAGGUUAAUAAACUGGACAACAUGCUGGGCAGUCUUCAGUCUGACCUCCACAAGCUGGGAGUGCAGACGGUUGCUAAGGGAGUGUGUGGCGCCUGCUGCAAACCCAUUGUUGGCCAGGUGGUAACUGCCAUGGGGCGCACAUGGCAUCCAGAGCAUUUUGUGUGCACACACUGCCAGGAGGAGAUUGGUUCCAGAAACUUCUUUGAGAGGGAAGGACAGCCAUACUGUGAGAGAGAUUACCACCAUUUAUUCUCUCCGCGCUGCCAUUACUGUAACGGACCCAUACUGGAUAAAGUGGUGACGGCGUUAGACAGGACGUGGCAUCCUGAGCACUUUUUCUGUGCCCAGUGUGGGGCGUUCUUUGGUCCUGAAGGAUUUCAUGAGAAGGAUGGAAAGGCGUACUGUCGUAAAGACUACUUCGACCUGUUUGCUCCUAAAUGUGGCGGUUGUGCUCGUGCCAUCCUGGAGAAUUACAUCUCUGCCCUGAGCGCCCUCUGGCAUCCAGAGUGUUUUGUGUGCAGGGAGUGCUUCACACCCUUCGUCAACGGCAGUUUCUUCGAGCACGACGGUCAGCCGUACUGUGAGGUUCAUUAUCACUCCCGCCGCGGGUCGCUGUGUUCCGGCUGUCAGAAACCCAUCACGGGCCGCUGCAUCACAGCCAUGGGCAAGAAGUUUCAUCCUGAGCACUUUGUCUGUGCCUUCUGCCUCAAGCAGCUCAACAAGGGCACCUUCAAAGAGCAAAACGACAAGCCUUACUGCCAGGGCUGCUUCAUCAAGCUCUUCAGCUAGAAAGAUGCCUGACUGACAGAGAGAGAGUGUGAGUGUGAGUGUGAGUGUGAGUGUGUGUGUGUGUGUGUGUGGUUCAGGUUAAUGUGUCUGUCUCUCGACAUCCCCACAUGACGUUGCUGGUCAGGUUAAAACGAUGGUGCCAUGAAACGUGCUCUCAAAAGCCAAGUUGUAUUAGAGGAAAGUUCAGCUGAGACUGUAGAGUUUUUUUUGAGAAAGUGUGUGAAUGUUUUCUGUUCACUGGAUGAGCUGGAGAGAAACUGUUUGAUGAUGAGAACAGUUGAGGAGGGAUGAUAGGAACGUUUGAGACACAAUCAACAGAAGGAAACGAAACCUCAGAUAAUUCAAUGACUGGAAAUCAAACGAAUAACCAGCUGGAGCCAAUAAUUACUGGUGAAUCUCAUGAAAAAAUGUCCAGGUCAUAUAUUAGUCUGAAACCAAAAGGAAAGAUAAGAAAUCAUAUUUGGCAUUAAAAACAUUUA